GUGUAUCAGGUUGGCAUCAAGAUAGAAUCAAUGACCGUCGACCAUCAGAUCUUGAAGAUGCGGCUACAAAUGAUUGGCUCAAACUGGUUUGGGUUGGAUUUUGUGGGAGCUCGAUUGACGUCCGAGUCGAUGAGUGCUUGAAGUCGUUCGUAUAUCGCGAAACCUCUGGUAUUCGGAUCAACCUUUCACACUUACGACCAUGUCCGACUGGGCGAAAUUGGCGAGCAGUGUUUUCUCCCGAGCGUCCGACGCUUUGACAGAAGCCAAACAACGAGUUCAAGCCAUUUCUCAGGAUGAUCUAGACCCGCAGAACAUUGACUGGUCUAAAGUAUCGAGCAAUGUUCUCUCCCGUGCGUCUGACGUUCUGACAGAGGCCAAACAGCUCGUCAAUCAGGCCGUGUCUCAAAGAGAUAUAGACCUACAAGACGUUGCCUGGUCCAGAUUUCCAGCCAGUGUUAUGUAUCGCGCGUCCGAUGCUCUGACAGAUACCAAACAACUGGUACGAUCUAACGGGAAUCUAGACAUAUUUCGCAACCACUGGACCAAAUUGGGGGGCAGUAUUCCCUCCAGCGGUUUGUUCGCUUUGACAGAGGUCAAUAACUGGUCAAUCAGGCGUCCAUAUAAAUCAGCUGGAGCCUUGCUACUCAUCUCUGUGUUUGAAAAUCCUAUGAUGCUUUUGACAUUAUUGCAGCUUAUGGGAAUUAUAAUAUCCUUGUGUUUUUUCCUUGUGCGGUGGAUUAUCUGGCUUCUUGGCUUCAGGAGUCGAGGAGUCGCAAAAGAUUCGUUUGCAUCCCAAUAUCAGUCCCGUCACCACAGUGGUAAUGUGCCACGAAGCUCUGGAUUCGCGAAACUCCAAUCAUAUGGGGCCACCAUGCCGACGGCCACCUCAACGCUUGUCUCAUUGUUGUCGUGCGCUGGAGCUGCCAUUGUCUUGGGCCGGGAGUGGGGAUGGUGGCUCCAAUGAGGUGACUGGCAUCGUAUUGUAUCGAAUGCAGUUGAAAUGAGACCGUCUUGUUGAGGUAUGCCCGUAACUGGUCUCAAAAGAAUGACAAAGUUUGUGUUGAUUUUGUGAGAACUUGAUGGAUAUCGGUGCCAGUUGCUCGUGACUGAUGCAUAAAGUACAUAGGAGUGCAGGUGUU